GGCUUGCGUUCCUUCCUGACACCACUAAAGGUUCAAUCCCACUCUGAGGUUUGUGGAGUCAACUCAUCGCAGUGUUACAAUGUAUGGUAUAGCCAGAGACAGACAUUUCAUACGUUUCCAUUGUAUGUUUAUUAUCAGCAGUGUGGUCUCCUCCUCCAUUCCCUCAAAGCCUGUCUCCAUCUCCUACCCUGUGGGAAGCCAGGCCAUCCUUCCAUGCAACUGGAUGCCCCAGCUUUACAAUGUACCAAUUCACCAUAUCCAGUGGCAGACCCCCGAUGACACCGUGUUUGAGCAGAAGGGGGAGCAACGUUGGCAGGCCCCUGAGUUCAAGGGGAGGGUGGAGGUUCCUGAAGAAAAGCUCCAGGAAGGUGACUGCUCCCUGAUCGUGCAUGAUGUGCAGUUGGGAGAUGUGGGGCUUUAUGAGAGCUUUGUGGUUGUGGAGAGUGCAGGGACAAAGAGGCGGGUUUUCUUGCAGAGCGUCCAGCUCUCCGUCUAUGAUCACAAGUCCAAGGUGUCUUUGGGCGUGGGUGAAGACAUGAAUCUAAAGCUCUACACUCCCAAGGCAAUGAGAGUGGUCUUUCAGAAAAGGAGCAGUAAAGAGUGGACGGUCCUGUGGGUGAGAGGUGACAAGGCCAACAACCAUCAUUUCAAGGAGGCUGAGAGAGUGUUGGUCAUCAAGGGGUUGAGGAUGGACCACUCUGGGACAUAUAAAGUGCUGGAUUUCCACGGGGGGUCGGUGAACACUGUGAAUCUCAUGGUGGAAGAAGUUGCUGGAACUCAAACUCUCUCACAGAUCCAUCAAAAACAGGAAGCUGUGGGUAAAUCAUUUCAUAACAGGUCCUCCAUUCUGCUCAUCAUAUUUGUCUUGCAAAUCAGUCUCCUGAUUCAAUAUCAACACUAACUGGGUUCAAACCUAUGAAGCCUGUAUCCCAGCCCCAAAUGAAACCUAUAUUUUUCAUUCAUUGCACUUUAAGAUAAUUCCACUAUAAUCAAAAGCCCCGCCAGCCCAUUGAACCCCGCCAGCCAUUGUACCCUGGUACAGGAUGUUGUUAGUAGAGUCAGUGACAGUUCAGCAAUUUAUUUGUCACACUUGAGCAAAGUAACCCGCUCAGUGCUAUGGAGCUUGCCCCUUGCAAUACUUAACGGUUGGUUGUAGUCUAGGUAAUGAAAGUGUUGAACAAAAUAUUUAACCUUAAAUAAAAGUUUGAACCAGUUUUCCGCAUUCAGUUUAACUAUAGUCCUCAACUGAAAAGCUUGGUCAAUGGACAAUCUCCUUUGAAAGUAGUUGCUAGUCCGGGACAAAGUUUAACCAGUGACCGUAAAACCCCCUCAUGGUCGUCAUCUUGUCUUGACUAUUCUCAUGCGAAGAAAAAAAGUUGGGAAUCAUUUUCUCAUCUAAAUUUGUGAAAUCUCUUUGAAGUAUAGCUUUGUGCAGCCGGUGCACCAAAAGUGAAAGUAAAGCAAUAACCUCAGUGGAUAGCUUGGGAUGGGGUGGGUUAGUUUGAAAGUGAACUGCUCUAACUGCAAUUCACCUAGCUUCAAAUACAUUCUACACUCUUAAUUAGGCCUUUAAUCCUUCAAUUAAAUGCAUUUCAUAAAGCCCUUUUUACAUCUGCAGUUGUCAGAAAACGCUUUCACAGAUACAUAGUCAAAUAAGAGCAAGAAGCUUGAUUGAUUCCCAGUGGUUAGAAAUCCAUUUAUUUUGAUCACCAUGUUAUGUGCAGUGUUCUUCAUUAAUAGUAUAUGACUCAUACAAUAGUAAUAUAUAAUUAUUAAGACUCUUGUGUAAUGUAAUGUAAAAUGACAAAGAUGUGAUUGUUGUUUUUGUUGUUUAAUUUAAUUGUAAUGUGGAAUUAAGUUCAUUAAAGCAUUAAAAAUGACA